AUGUCAAAAAUCGGAAAAGAAAAUACAAUCGUGGCGGAAUCCGAAGAACAAGAUCGAGUCAUUUCAGGCGUCGGAGAAGAGGAUCAAGAUAGCGUCACGAAAGCGAGGCACUCGAAUGUUAGGUACAGCAGAAACAUGACGAUCGAGCAGCUGUUGGAGAGUUUGAAAAAAUUAACGGGACCAGGAGCAGAGGAUGAAAGGAAGCGAAGAGUGAUGGUGUACACGCAGAGGGAAAAAAAUCCGAGGCGGGAGGCCAAAGACCAAGCUUGGAGUAAGGAGAGGAAAGCCAGAGCGGAGAUGACCCAAAUCCGGCAGCAGGCUAGACUUGCAGAGAAGAAAGCUAAAUUGGAAGUAAAGAAGGCAGAGGUUCAAACCAAGGAGGCAAAGGCUCAAGCCAAAGAGGCAGAGGCUCAAGCAAAGGAGGUAGCAAAGAAGGCCAGGAUGGCAGUGUUAGAUGCUAGGGAGAUGGGUUUCCAAACUCCAAUUGAGAGGAAAGAGCUAAAGAAAAUCGCAAAAUGGGGGCGAUACAAGGCUCGAAAGGAGGCAAAUAGCAAGAGUAAUUGCAAUAUGGUGGAACCGAGGGAGGAGGCAGAUGUUGAUACGAUGAAGACGGGUGAGGAGGUUGAAGGCGCAACGUUUCAGCUUCCUAUCAGGGAGAAAUGA